AUGGCACCUCACCUCCCAUGGCUCUUGCUCCAGUUCUUGCUACUGCUGCUGGGGGUAUCAUCUGCUGCUCAAGCACAGGUGAACAUCGCCCUGGGCUCCUCAUUGACGCCCCAGGGGCCAAACAGCUCAUGGCUCUCGCCCUCCGGCGACUUUGCGUUCGGCUUCUGGCCAAUGGAAGGUAACCCCUCCUUGUACCUCCUCGCCGUCUGGUUCAACAAGAUCCAUGAAAAGACUGUCGCUUGGUACGCCAAGGGCAGUCAAGACACACCGGUGCAAGUGCCAUCCAGCUCCGUGCUGCAGCUCACGGCUGAUGGGCUGCUCUCCCUUCGCAACCCAUCUGGCGAUGAAGUCUGGAGUCCCCGGGUCCCUGGUGCAGCCUACGCCAGAAUGCUCGACACAGGCGACUUCAGGCUUGUCGAUGCAGAUGGCAAAGCAAAGUGGGAGACCUUUGAUGUCCCGGCUGAUACCAUCCUGCCCACGCAAGUGCUUCCUGUGGGUCAGCAGGACAAGGUACUUAGAAGCCGUCUCAUCCCCACGGACUACGCCAAUGGCCGGUUUCUCUUAGCUGUGCAGUCUGAUGGUGAUCUUGUGUUUUAUCCAAUCGCCGAGCAUUCUACAUUUCGGUAUGAUCCAUACUGGGCAUCUAAUACAGUUGGGAACGGCUCACAGCUGGUCUUCAAUGAAACAGGCAUGGUAUACUUCACCUUGACAAAUGGGACACAGACCAAUAUCACUUCGGCAGAGGGGUACCCAAUGGGUGAUUUCUUUCAUCGUGCCACGCUUGAUCCAGACGGUGUAUUUCGGCAAUACCUGUACCCAAAGAGCAGAAAGGUCAGAGACAAAUGGAUCUCACAAUGGAUGACAGUAAGCUUAAUUCCCCAGGACAUCUGCCAGAGAGUGAUGGUAGAGGCAGGCAGUGGUGCAUGCGGCUUCAACAGCUACUGCAGCUUCGAUGGCACCCAGAAUCAGACAACAAUAUGCCGAUGCCCAGAACAUUACAAGUUCUUCGACGACGAGAGAAAAUACAAAGGGUGCAUGCCAGACUUUGAACCACAAAGUUGUGACCUGAAUGAGGAAGAAGCGGCGGCCCAGUUUAAGAUGACUCAGAUCAAUGAUGUUGACUGGCCUCAAUCCUACUACUAUGAGGAGUACAGCCCCACCGAUAUGACUGAAUGUCGGAGACUGUGUAUGAUUGAUUGCUUCUGUGCCACAGCCGUCUUUCAUGCAAGCACAAAUACCUGCUGGAAGAAAAGGCUCCCUUUAUCAAAUGGGAAAAUGGUGAAAAACACAGACAGGACGGUACAUAUCAAGGUGCCUAAGAGCAACAAUUCACAGUCCCAGCUCAGCAUUGCCUCUAGCAAAUGGAACAAAGACAAGAAGUAUUGGAUUCUUGGGAGUUCCUUGUUUUUUGGUAGUUCUGUAUUGGUAAACCUUCUCCUCAUCUCUAUUCUGCUCUUUGGCACUUACUGUGGUAUCACUAUCACCUCCAGGAAAAAACUCCAGUCAUCACAAUCGUCAGGUAGUUCUAUAUUGGCCCCAAAGAUUUUUACUUACAAUGAACUGGAGAAGGCAACCAGUGGUUUCCAUGAGGUGCUAGGGAGCGGAGCCUCUGGUACUGUGUACAAAGGACAGCUUCAAGAUGAGCAUGUGACCAGCAUCGCCGUCAAGAAAAUUAAAAAGCUUCAGCAAGAGACUGAGAAGGAGUUCAUGGUGGAAGUGCAAACCAUGGGUCAGACAUCUCACAAGAAUUUGGUCAGGCUGCUUGGUUUGUGCAAUGAGGGAACUGACAGACUGCUAGUAUAUGAGUUCAUGACCAAUGGCUCGCUGAACGAGUUCCUCUUUGGUGAUGCUCGGCCACAUUGGAGCCUCCGUGUGCAAGUCGCACUUGGAGUGGCACGAGGGCUGCUCUACUUGCACGAGGAGUGCAGCACACAGAUUAUCCACUGCGACAUAAAACCACAGAACAUCCUUCUCGAUGACAACUUUAUGGCGAAGAUUGCAGACUUUGGCCUGGCGAAGCCUCUUCAAGCCAAUCAGACACAGACAAACACCGGCAUCCGGGGUACUAGAGGUUACGUUGCCCCAGAGUGGUUCAAGAACAUAAGGAUCACUUCCAAAGUCGAUGUUUAUAGCUUUGGGGUGAUCCUGCUGGAGCUUGUGUGCUGCAGGAGGAAUGUGGAGGUAGAGAUUGCUGAUGAAGAGCAGGCGAUACUAACUUACUGGGCAAACGACUGUUACAGGUCUGGGAGGAUCGACUUGCUUGUGGAGGGUGAUGACGAGGCAAUCUUCAACAUUAAAAAGGCGGAGCACUUCGUGGCUGUGGCACUGUGGUGCCUUCAGGAGGAGCCAACGAUGCGGCCAACCAUGCAUAAAGUGGCAGAAAUGCUUGAUGGAGCAGUCCAAAUUCCCACGCCUCCGGAUCCCUCUUCCUACAUCAGUUCACUUGAGUGGUGA